AUGACCGCAGACUCACUCACAACCGCCAAGAACUCCGGCGUCAUUGUGUUCGACAAAUGCGAAACUAUAGAGCGCCAGCGAGACAGCAUCUAUGAAACUUCAUUUCACCAACGCCUCAAAUGCCCCUUCGUCGUGCAAACUGUCCCCUAUACUGGAUAUCUACGCGCACUACAGCUGUAUGGCAACGAGGAUGCUUUCGAUCUCACCCAAGACGAACGUGAGAACCUCAUGAACUGCAAGAAUCUGGAAUUCUGCCGAUCCCUGGCUCGGAACCAAGGCUACAAUCCGGAGUCUGGUAACACUGCGCCCUGGGCGGGUGUAUACUUUCCGCUCCAGUUCAUUCAGACAUACCCUGGCCCUCGCAUGAUCGUCAUUGAACCAGGGGUUGAGGAACAGGCGGUGCCCAGCGAGCAAACACUGUCCAGCACGGACACGGAGGACCAGUCGGCCUUCUCAACUACUGAGGCCUCCCAGGAGAUCGAAAAGGCUGAGGAAACAUCCCUCGUUCCGUUCUCGACUCUUCAACUCUGUGACCCCGUCAAGCCAGCGACUCUCCGAGGCAUGAGUGGUAGUCGCGUGCCCAGCGCAGAUGAUUUCGGCAAUACCUGUGUUGGCGGCAUGGAAAUGGCCGUCGUCGUGACUGAAUUACUGGAGGGUGCUGUGAAAGGAAACUUCGAUGUUGAGUGGAAGAGAGCAAUCGAGGACACACUCGACUACAUUGGAGGAUCGGAGAACAUGGCCGCUUUCCUCGAGAUGAUGUACAAGGAAUUCCCCAAGAAGAAGGAGACUUCGGUGGCGUCUACUAUUGGCCGUCGACUCCGUGGCUCGGAGUGA